AUGAAUGGAACGAAGAAUAGCAGUGUGCAAGACUGCAUUGGGGACCCAAGCAAGACGGCGACGGCUUUCCAAGCUCUGGCUUAUGUUAUCAUUUUCGUUGUAUCUUUGGUUGGAAAUGGUGGUGUUCUUUUUGCUAUUUACAGGAACAAACAGCUGAGCAGAUCUAUAAACUACUUUGUCUUUAAUAUGGCCGUGUCUGAUUUAUUCAAUCCGUUGACAAUCAUGCCAAUAACAUUCGUUGAGAUCGUCUCAGGGUCUGCUACUUGGAGGGUUGACAACCCAUGGCUGUUAGGAAAUAUCCUUUGCAAACUUUCCUACUUUUUGCCUGAUGUUUCUGUUGCUGUAUCCAUUGAAAGUCUGCUGUUGAUAUCGUUGGAUAGACUCGUGGCUGUUGUCUUCCCGCUGAGGACAAGACAUCUUUCAUCGAAAGUUCAUCAAAUCAGCAUUCUCUGUGUAUGGAUCACCGCCAUUGCAGUUCACGCACCUUAUUUUUACACUUUUAGACUAGAGGUAAAGGAAAACAAAACCUCCUGCGUCGCCAAUUGGGGACCAGCCUUCAAUCAUUUGGAGACGCACGAACGAUUUGUCACAGCAACUUUUGUUACUUUUGUCUUAAUGCCAAUCUGUGUUUUAGUGAUCGUAUACAGUGUAAUAGCUUGGAACUUGUGUAAAGAACGAAAGAAAAUGCAAGAGUCGGGUAAUCAUCAAAAGAAACUCAGCAAACAAAGCAAAAAGAUUGUUUGUAGCUCUGUAGCCAUUAUAGCAGCUUUUGCUUUCUGUAUGAUUCCACAGCUUGUUUCUAUCUUUACACGCGUAUUUAUUUGGAAUAGGGAAGUGCCGCCCAAUUGCACUUUUCGCACAAUGAUCCCGUUCAUCGCUUCUUUCAUGUUGCACGCAUGGAGCGCUGUGAAUCCUUGCAUUUGCUUUAUUUUCAUUAAAACCUAUCGAGACACUCUGAAAAGAUUCUUCUGCUCUCGAUGGUCAAAUGUUAAUUAUACACAGAAUUUGGAUCUAUCGAUGAAUCCCGCCACGUUAGCAUCGAGGAUUAAAAAAUGUCGUUCUACAAAAGUCUAAUGUCGAAAUUGGCUGAUUAUGAGUUGUUAAAAUUAACGUUCGCGAUGAUGCAAUGAUAUGUUAUUUUACGUUAUUUUUUAACAGUGUCCAAUAAUUACAUUUCGAUACACUAUUAUUUUUAUAAACAUUAUUCUUGUGGGAUUAAAUAGCUAAGUAUACCCAGGCAGGUUCCCGUCUUUAAAUCUAAAAUCUGGUUGUAAAUUGCGUGACGUUCAUAGACAUUUGCGCAAAAAGUAAUUUGCAAACUUAACGACAAUUUCCGUAAAAUAGACUAAGUUUAUUUAAUAAUCUUUUAAACUGUAUACUCAAAUCAAAUGUUCUUAUUACUCCGGCAAGAGUGACCAAAGAAAUGAUCGUUUAGCAUUUACAUUAAAAUUAGAAAUGUUAAAAAGAUUCGUGAUCGAUAUUUUUUAGUAAGAGGGAGUUAGUUUCUGAAGUAA